AUGCCUCCCAUGCGUAUCCCCGUCAGCCGACUGGCCCAGACACUCCGCACAUUUUCCUCUGCUGCCGCCCCGGGCAGCGGUCUGAGGGCAGCGGCGAACCCCUUGCACUUCCACCACCAACACAUCCUCCCGCACCGAGCAUCGCAGAGGAUCCUGUCCAAGGCAUCCACGGCGGCCCAGAACCACUGGUCGACGGUGCCCGAGGCCAUCCGCGACGUGACCAGCUACCUCGCGCUCGGGGCACUGACCUCCGAGGCCGCCUUUCUGAUAUAUUGCUGGGACAAAGACGCCGACCUGACGGACUUCCUGGCUUUAUAA